AUUUCCUGGAAUUAGGCAAGAUUAGUCUGCAAAUCAUUCAUAGCUUCAUUACAUUUAUAAUGGAUUGUUUAUACUCUUUCGAAGUAGGUCUAUAAAAGGUGGCAAGAAUGAACUUAUACAGCACAUUUUCCGUCUUGGUUUAUUUGUUUUGUUUGUUGUGUUUUAACCCUUAAAGUGUUAAAAGCAUAACUUACCAGUCACGGCUCUACAAAUACCUUUUUAAAAAACGUCAGACUUCGGAGUCUUAAAUAUUAUAUCCAAGAUGUAUGAAUGAACAACACUCUGAAGGUUAUGCUAUAGGGGCGGAGUUUUCAUGUUCUCAGCAGUUUUCCACUAAGAUGGGAGGAUCUAAGGUUUCUUAUAAAGCUCGCUGGUUGUAUUACAAACAUCCAGACAACAGCGCGGUGACCCGGAGCAAGCAGAUUCAUUGCCAUCCAGCAACCUUUCAGUCAUGGCAGCGAACGGGACAGUAGAGAAUGGACAACCAGAGAGAAAAAAUCCUUCACUUCCCCAUCCUAUUAAAAAUCUAGAAGUGAGAUACUCUAAGAUUUUCAUCAAUAACGAAUGGCAUACGUCUGUGAGUGGGAAGAAGUUUGCGACGUACAAUCCAGCAACAGGAGCAAAAAUAUGCGACAUCGAAGAAGCCGAUCAGGCGGACGUUGAUAAAGCAGUGGAUGCAGCAAGAGCAGCAUGGCAGAGGGGCUCUCCAUGGAGAAAGAUGGAUGUCUCAAGUCGAGGGUGUCUUUUAAACAAACUGGCAGAUCUCAUUGAAAGGGAACGAAUGGUGUUUGCUACCUUGGAGACAAUGGACACUGGAAAACCCUUCCUGCAAUCGUUCUUCAUUGACCUUGAUGGCUGCAUUAAAACUCUGAGAUAUUAUGCUGGCUGGGCUGAUAAGAUACACGGCAAGACAAUGGCAGUGGAUGACAACUUUGUGUGCUUCACUAAACAUGAACCCAUAGGUGUGUGUGGUGCAAUCAUACCAUGGAAUUUCCCUUUAUUAAUGUUCAUCUGGAAGAUUGCACCAGCUCUUUGCUGCGGGAACACUGUGGUCAUCAAGCCUGCAGAGCAAACUCCGCUCACAGCUCUCCACAUGGGUGCAUUGGUGAAAGAAGCUGGUUUCCCCCCUGGAGUCGUGAAUAUAUUACCAGGAUUUGGGCCAACAGCUGGUGCAGCCAUAUCUAACCAUAUGGAUAUCGACAAAGUGGCAUUCACUGGAUCUACAGAAGUUGGAAAACUAAUCAAAGGAGCAGCUGCUAGAAGUAAUUUAAAAAGAGUGACCCUGGAAUUAGGAGGGAAAAAUCCAUGCAUUGUCUACGCUGAUGCUGAUUUGCAGUUGGCUGUGCAGGAGUCCCAACAGGGUGCAUUCUUUAACCAGGGCCAAUGUUGCACUGCUGCAUCACGAGUCUUUGUUGAAGAGAAGAUCUACGAAGAGUUCAUCCGUUGUAGCGUAGACAAUGCCAAGAAACUUGUUGUUGGGGACCCAUUUGAUCCUAGAACGUCACAUGGACCACAGAUUGACCAGAAACAGUUUGAUAAAAUUAUGGAGCUGAUAGAGAGUGGGAAGCGAGAAGGUGCUAAGUUGGAGUAUGGAGGCUAUGCCAUUGGAGACAGAGGCCUUUACAUUCAGCCUACAAUAUUUUCAGGAGUUAAAGACCACAUGCGCAUUGCCAAAGAGGAGAUCUUUGGGCCAGUACAAUGCAUAUUUGAAUUUAAAAGCCAAGAGGAAGUCAUUGAAAGAGCCAACAGCACUGAGUAUGGUUUGGCUGCUGCUGUAUUCACUAGAAGUAUGGAUAAAGCACUGACUCUGUCUUCAACACUGCAGUCAGGUACCAUUUGGGUGAACUGUUAUAAUGCUCUUCAUGCUCAAGCUCCAUUUGGUGGCUAUAAAAUGUCAGGAAAUGGCCGGGAACUUGGUGAAUAUGCCCUCGCAGAAUACUCAGAGGUCAAAGCAGUCACCAUCAAACUGACAGAAAAGCUCUCCUAAAAGAAGAAUGGCUAGAAUGAUGGGAGAAAAAACUACUGAUGUUCCAAUCUGCUUUGGAAUAUGGACACAUGGAAUACCAAUCUGACUGACACAAUAGCAGUAUGUUAAGAAAAUACAUUUCCACGUUUUGGAAAUCAUGAAGGUUGUAUGAUAACAGGUUAUCUAUUACCAGAGCAGUGUUCUUGAUUUCAAACACAUAGGCUCAUGAGACUCUUUAUUUUUGUAUAUAAAAUGUAUAUACCCUGGAAGGGUGACCUGAACUGAGAUAUAAUUUUAACAUUAACUUGGUUAUUUUGAGGAAUGUCAGGGCUGACUUUUAAAGUAAUUGUUCUUUAUCUUUAUAUAAGACAAAGGAGCAUAAAGUAACUGUGAUUACUACUGUUAUCAAAAGCACCAUGUGCCGCCUUCACGGGGAUUCUUUUCUUUAAUCUAGGUAUUCCAGUGUAAAUGCUAUGGAACUGUUUUUUUCGUUAUAUAAAUUCUUAUUUUGUACAGAAUGUAUUUUAAUUUAUCUCAAUUUACUGUAACCAAUCAGUACCCUCUUUAAAAAUAUUGACAAGAAUCAAGAAGUAAAAAUGCCUGAAAACUCGCAUUAUAAGACUGGUCCAU